GGUUUUGUCGGAAAGAUGAUUGACAAUGUUGGUGAGGAUAUGAUCUAUUACAUAGUCACGAGUUCUAAUGAUGAUCCGUUAAACCCUAAACCUGGAACCUUGAGAUACGGAGCCACUUUAAUCUCUCAAAAAGUGUGGAUCACUUUUCAAAGAGAUAUGCAUAUUAAACUUAGGAAACCGCUUCUGAUAAGUAGUUUUACCACCAUUGAUGCUCGUGGUUCACGUAUUCAUAUCUCAGGCAUUGGAUGUCUCUUGAUCUACGAAGCAAAUAAUGUCAUCAUUCACGGAUUAUACAUCCACCAUUGCCAGCCAGCAGGAUCAGGCGCAGUUAUUGGUCCAAACUCAAAGAUUCUUAAUUUGGGAGCAAUAGAUAGCGAUGCAAUCAGGUUGGUGGCAGCAUCAAAGAUUUGGAUCGAUCACAAUACAUUAUAUAAAUGUCAAGAUGGUCUAAUUGAUGUCACUUUAAGCUCGACGGAUAUUACAAUCUCCAACAAUUGGUUCAAAAAUCAAGAUAAAGUUAUGCUUCUUGGGCACGAUGACAUGCAUGCAAGUGACAAAAACAUGAAAGUCACAGUAGUAUUCAAUCAUUUUGGACCUAAUUGUAAUCAACGAAUACCACGGGUGAGAUAUGGAUUUGUUCAUAUAGCUAAUAACCUAUACCAAGAAUGGACGAGCUAUGCUAUUGGGGGGAGCAUGAACCCUCAAAUUAGAAGUGAAGCCAACUUGUAUAUCGCCAAAAAAUCAGGGCAAAAGGAGGUGACAUGGCAGUUAGGAAGGUCGUCGAAACUUUAUUCAGUGGGGGAUAUUUUUGAAAACGGUGCUUCUUUUAAAGCAACAGGUUCUGGAAAUAUACAGCCGAAUUACAACGAUGAACAGAGAUUUCAAGUUGCAGACGCAAAUUCUGUACGGGCAUUGACAAAUGCAUCAGGCGUUUUACUCUGCUCGCGGGCACUAAAAUGCUGAGUCGCUCACCCGCAAAUUUUAAA